UGAUGGCGCGUUCUUUCAUUCACUUUAAUGAAGUCGUUUAACUCACCCGAGGCUCAGAGAUGAUGAUGGAGUGUGAAACCGAGCGAGCGAAGACCUUCUGGGAGGAAGUGGAUGUUGAUGAAGUGUUUGAUGAUCUGAUCGAGGUUCUUUCUCUUUUACGAGACGCGAUUAGACACAACACCGCAACAGACAGAGAGUAUGUUCAGGCCAUGAAGAUCAUUCUAGAGUCGAAGCUGAUCGUCCUCCGGCCCGAAGCCAUCGAAGAGGUUCUGAUUGAUGAAGAUAUCCUGACGGUGACCGUGUCAGAGUCUCAGUGUUCUCCGGAGAGCUCGAGGAACGAGACCGAGGACGCUCUGCUGAAGGACGGCUCACGACUCUCCAGAGACGCGGAGUCGGGCUCGGACUACAGUCAGAUGUCCUCCGCCAGCCGGGCCGGUCCGGAUCUCCCGCUGCUUCUGUCUCCUCUGAGCUUGUGUUCUGAAGAGGCCCGGUCCCCGGUGCCGCUCGUGUACCAGCCUCACGACUGCAGCCCGGCGUGUGUGCCGGCGCUCCCCGCUCACGCCGACCGGUUCCUGGGACACAACCCUCUGCGGGUGCCCAUGCUGUGCCAGUUCCAGCGCCACUGCGCGCGGGUCUGGGCCGAGGAUGAGUGUGAGGGCACAGACGUGCUUUAUAAGGCGCCGUGUGGGCGGAGCCUGCGCUCGAUCGACGAAGUGCUUCAGUUCCUGCGUGAGUCCGACACUCAGGCCGUGUUGCAGCCGAGCAACUUCAGCUUUAAUGUGCAGAUCGUUCCCGAACAUCAGGCGCGAGCUCCCGCCUCUCCGGCGCUCCUGUUCGAGCGGGACCUCAGCCGCGGGAUCGAGCCGGUUCCCGUGCCUCUGUUUAACGAGGUGGACGGGACGCGGAUGAAGGAGUUUCGCUACCGUAAGGAGCGCUGGCCGCACGGAUGCUUCCUCAGCGCGGAGCCGUUCUUCUCAGCGUGCUGCGACUGCACUGACGGCUGCGCAGACGCUAAAACCUGCGCUUGUGUUCGGCUGACGACCAGAGGAGGCGCUCAAGCUUACACACACCAGAGACUGAGCCAGCCUGUGCGGGCAGGGUUGUUUGAGUGCGGCCCGUGGUGCAGCUGCAAAAAGAGCCGGUGCCAGAACCGUGUGGUCCAGAAGGGUCUGCGUGUGCGGCUGCAGGUGUUCAGGACACUGGGCCGGGGCUGGGCCGUACGCUGCCGGGACGACCUCGACCAGGGCACCUUCAUCUGCAUCUAUGCAGGUGUGGUCCUCCGGCUGGAGUCGAGCGCCGAGGAGCCGCCGGACCUCAGCCGAGAGCCGCCCGUGUCUGAUGACGAGGUGGAGGUGGUGGAGGAGUGGACUCUUCCCUCGGGCCCGAAGGAGACGCUCGACUGCUCUCCGCCACUGCAUGUCCCGGUGAUCCAGAGACCCGCCGAUCAGCUCCCGGAGCAGGAGCGGAGCGUGUCGUCGCUGGACGGCAGUGAGACAGAGCAUGAGGUCUCCAGGAAGAAGCCCAGACUAACGCUCCCCGAAUCGAACGGACACGCCGACAGCGCUGAGAUCCCGUCACACAAGCAUCAGGACAAAGCCUAUUACCUGGACGCCUCUAAAGAGGGAAACGUGGCCCGAUUCAUCAACCACAGCUGUGAGCCCAACCUCUUCAUCCAGAACGUCUUCGUGGACACACACCACCCACAGUUCCCCCUCAUCGCCUUCUUCACUAACAGGUCAGUUAAAGCUGGAACUGAGCUGACCUGGAACUACUCGUACACGCCGGGCAGCGACCCGGAUCAUGAGGUGAGCUGUCGCUGUGGCAACACCAGCUGUCAAUCACUCGUCGUCUGAGGCUGUUCUCAAAUAAAGUUGAGUCGAGCAAAA